CGGCACGGCCGCCUCGCUCUCUCCGCGCACCUCCGGCCCCACCGAGCGCCUAUGGGCAUCUGCAGCCGGCGAGGGCUUCGCACCACCGCCACCGGCAGCAGCGGCAGAGGGCGGCGACCGCCACCCCGCUUCAUCGCCCCUUGGGAUCUAUAGCCGGCGGACGGAGCGCGCUGCGGAGCCUUCCCCGCCUCCGUGCAGGUAUUACAAACAGAGAGGAAUUUGGGUGUUUGCUGUCAUGAGGACAUUACAGAUGUUUUCUUCUGCGCAAACCUCUGCAGUUGGCUUCAGAUCUUUGAGGAUGUGGUUGUUUGUCAGCCUGUUCUGUCAUCCUGAGACCUCUGGGAUGGUUUGGAAAUUUGCCUUGUCCGUUUUUCUGAUGGCAGCAGUGGUUCGAGUGUCGGACACCAGGAAGAACCGCCCUGCCGGUGCCAUUCCCUCCCCGUACAAAGGCAGCGGCAGCAACCACUCGGAGCGGAGGCAGCAGCUGAACAAGGAGGUGUUGGCCUCCAGCCAGGAGGCCCUCGUGGUCACCGAGAGGAAGUACCUCAAGAGCGACUGGUGCAAGACGCAGCCGCUGCGGCAGACUGUGAGCGAGGAGGGCUGCAUCAGCCGCACCAUCAUCAACCGCUUCUGCUAUGGGCAGUGCAACUCCUUCUACAUCCCGCGGCACGUCAAGAAGGAGGAGGAGUCCUUCCAGUCCUGUGCUUUCUGCAAGCCACACAAGGUCACCUCUUCGACCGUGCAGCUGGAGUGCCCCGAGCUGGACCCACCCUUCCGACUCAAGAAAAUCCAGAAGGUCAAGCAGUGCCGGUGCAUGUCUGUGAAUCUGAACAGCUCAGGCAAACUGUGAGAACAGGCAUGUGGCUGCUGCUUGGUGUUGCCUCCAUCAGCUUUCCUGCUGCCUCUCCUCUCCCGCUGAGCAGACUGUCCAUUUUGUUGGAGACAUCCCUCCAGCAAGGAAAGGCUCCUUGUCACUUGCCUACUGGAAUAAUGCUUUUUAACCGGCUGUGUUAGGCACUUCACCAUAAAUAUUUUAAAUAUCAUCUGGCAGUUGAAUCUUCUGGAGUGGAGCAGGCUCACAGAAGUUUGGAUUGAUCAUCUAAGUGACCAGUUGGCUGAAUCCAGCAUUAAAUGUUUCCACUGUGUGGAGUAAAGCCCUCUGCCCUACACUCCAGUUCCCUCCACAAGCUGAGAAUGCCUUCCCCUUGCUUUCAUCUGGAGCUUGCUUCUCUCACUUGGAAGUGCUGGGGUGCUGCCCAGGACUGGGGGACACGGACUGGGGAGAGUAAUGUGUGAAAAGCAGGCGAGACUCUCUGAUGAGGCUCCUCCCCUUAAGACGGCUUCAAUUGUGCAAUGACAAAUGAUUCUGGGCUUGUCUGAACGGCAGAUCAGAAGCAAGGGGAAGAGGGUGAGGCACUGGGUCAGCCACGGUGACCACAGAGCAGACUGAGGGUGGGUUCUGAUGCUGUUGUGGUUAGAGUAUAUUGAACACAUGGCCUCUGCAGCAAUGUUUAUUUUGUAACCUAGCUAUAGUAAACAGCUGUUUAAAGUAUUAUAGACCUAGCCAUGUAUAUUUUUCUUGUGGCAGAGUAUGCCAGCGAUUAAAAUAUGUUAAGAGACUCAGUUGCUAGGUCGGCUGCCUGGCUUAAAAUGGACAUGGUUUUACUAUGCUUUUGGUAGGUUUUUGUAUGUUAGAUAUGUGUGUGUGUGUGUUUCUUACUCCAAAAAGGACAACAUCCAUUUAUGACCUUAUAUUUAUGCCUGCUCAAACCAGGGGAGGUGGAAGGGUAGUGGGAGAGAACACUUAAGGGAGUGAUGUGUCCCGAAAGGUAUAAAAGCACUGUCACACAAAGGACAAAGUUUGGUCAUUGCUGGACUGAAUACAAAAGCUGCAUAAGUGUCAUCAAGUUUUGGGAGUGGUGUCUCUCCCAUGACUGGAAACCAUGUUAAUGUAUUAGUGUUAAAGGACAAAUGCCUCAGUCAGUCAGUGCUGCUGGAAUGGGUCACAGUUGUGGGAGCAGGGAGAGAGUAAGUUGUAAUUGCUACACUAUUGGUGGUCCACUGAGUUUUUGAGACCUGCACAAUAAGUGUUGGUGAAAACUUGCAGUUCAUUUUAAAUCAUAUUAUAUUGUUAUUCAGUUGAUGGAGUUUUACGUGUCCUCUAUACCCCAUUUGUUACAGUUCUGAUCUGUAUUAGUCCCAGCUGCAUUAAAAUCCUGUCUCAAACCAGCCCCUUCCCCCAAACCAAAGCCAGUGUGCACACACUUGUCUGAAGCUUACAAAUUACGAAUGACAUGCUGACUCCCUGUGCAUGUCUCACAGUUCAGCCUCUGCAGCCUGAUGCCAGAGCCCCUCCCCACCAGCCUCCUCCCAUGCAGCCACUUCAAGGGGUUAAUGUGCUCAGCACUGUCGCCAGCCGGGGCUUCAGAGCCACAGGUCUCCACUAUGUGACACAGGCCUCCCUAAGAGGCUUUCAGGACUGAUCUCCACCAGAGCUCCAAGCGGUUUACAGGGGCUGGCGUGGGCAGGGUGAGGUUGGUCGGGUCUGGCAGCCCUGUUACAUGAACAGAAGUCGCUUUUCUGCUGUGACCUUCCAUCGUGUCAGAAGUGCACAGGGAGACUCCUCGUGCAGGGAAUGCUUUAGGGGCUCUUGCUGCUGUCCUGUGGCAUCGUGCCAGCCCCAGGAUGGGCACAAUUCAGUCUUGAGAGUAUGGGUGUGGUGCAGAGGGGGAAGGUGGCAAUACAGUCUACUAAGACUCCUGGGGAUCUCAGUCUUCAUUUGAAAGGAAUGAACUGAAAGUCAGACAUUUUGGAGCAGAGAGAGAAAAUCACCAUAGUAAAUUCACCUAAGAAAAACAUGCAAGAAUCUUUAAGCUAUGCCCUGCCUGGGUUUUUCACCAGUUUGAAAUAUGAAUAUGCUGCAGCUUAAAGCUCCUUCUAGGAGCUGUGUUUAUGUAAAAACUGAGUUGAGCUUGUAAUGGUUAAAACUGUAUUUAAUUCUUGUUUUAUAAAUGACAACAAAAAAUGAAGAAAUGCUUUAAGUAUAAUGUAAUUAUUUUAUAGGUCAACUAUUAAAUUAUAGA